AGGCUUGUUCAAGUUGAUUUAAUUCUGUUUACCGUGUUUUAGUGAUAUCUCUGAAUUUUGCCUAAACGAAUUUGAAAAUUCACGAGUAACACCAGUCAGUCAUGGCUUCAUUAAACGAAAUCUCGGAACAGUUUGAAACCUUCGGAAUCGAAGCAUCAGAAGAAGUUCUGGCCAAGUGUAUUGACCUUUGUGUGACGUAUUCGAUAACCGAUGCCUGUGAAUUUGUAGAGCAAUGGAUGGCAUACAGUGUAUCGAAUUUAGAAGGAGCCGAGCCCACGGUGCAAUACUUGAUGGACAUGGAGAGAAAAGAGUUGGUGCCUAGAAAAGCAAAACAAGCGGGAAACAAGAAGGCCAAACCACAGACUCCGCUGAUACAUGGAUAUGGAAGUCCUGGAGUACGUUCACCUAUGCCUGCAGCAAACUUGGAACCACUAGUGGAUGAUAACGAUGACGAGUUUAUGGAUUCUUACCUGUGCAACACACCAAAGGCAUCCAGAAAAGGCCUACCAAGAACACCAGCAACUCAAAAAACUGCACUUUUCAGUCCAGCUAGCCAUUCACCAUUAUCAGGAACCCCACAAUCAUCUGGUACUGAAGGUUCUGGUAAGAUUAUUUAUUCGUUUGGCAAGACUGAUGUCUUUCGAGAAACCACCUGGACUACAACCCGGCAACAAAAUGUGCAAAUCAAGCAAAUUCCAAACCGCGAAUCAAUGUCCAUCAAAUCGAAAUACAUGUACGAUAGCUCACUGGACAAAUGCACGAUACUCGGAGAUCACUUGUACCACACAGCCACUGAGUUGUGUAAGAAACACUUUGGAACUGAUGCAACUGAAUACGAUUUACACAAUGUCGACGCCGUCUCUCAAAAUCCUGUUAAGAUAAUUGGGCGAAUUGCUUGCGACUUUGAUGGCAAAUUAGAUCGACACUCGACAUUGAUCGUGGGUACCGAUGAAAUGAAAUUGCGAACAACAAGGCUGAAUUUCAACAAUAUGAAUUCGUUUGCGGUGUUUCCUGGACAAACUAUAAUUGCAUCUGGAGUGAAUCCGCGGGGUGAUACCUUCUAUGCCAACGAAAUUUUCUCUGACCGCCUUGUAACGCGUCCUUGUCAGCCGGAACUGACAGAACCAUUAACAUUUGUAAUUGCCGCUGGUCCAUUCACCAGUAAAGAGGAUCUUACCUAUGAUCCUCUGCAACGACUAAUUGCAUACUGUAAGGAAUUUAAACCAGAUGUGCUUUUAUUGAUGGGGCCGUUCAUGGAUGCAGACCAUGAAUUGAUUUCAACAAACGCUCUUACGGAGACAUUUGAGUCCUUUUUCGAAAAAAUUAUUGUAGGGCUCGUGGAAUCGCUUGGGGAAAUAACAAUUUGUUUGGUGUCGUCUCAUAAAGACGUCGUGAGCCACAUGGUAUACCCAACACCGCCCAAUAACCUCAGAAGAUCUUUCCCUAAUGUGCAUAUGUUGCCUGAUCCUUGCAUCAUUGGAAUUGACGGUUUAAAAGUUGGCAUCACAUCAACGGAUAUUUUCGGUCAUCUCUUGGAAGAGGAGGUUUCAGUCAAUGCGGGCGAAAGAGUGAAACGGGUGGUUAAUUACAUGCUCAAUGAAAGUUCGUUCUAUCCCCUCAACCCGCCUGCAAUGGAUGUAUGCUAUGAUAGUGACCUUGCUAGUAAAUUUGCUCGAUUGGAUGAACCACCGAAUGUUCUGAUUCUGCCUAGCAAAGAGAAGUGUUUUAUCCGGGAUAUAAACAGUUGUUUAACGAUCAAUCCUGGAUCUUUAGCAAGCGCCACAUCGCCUGGUACAUAUGCAAGAAUGACUAUUCAUCCACCAAAAGAAGGAGCGGGACUAACAGAAUAUAUAGCAGGCCAGAUUAUAAAAAUAUAGAAGAAGCGUAUCGUUUCAAAUAUAUUUGUAAGACAACGGAAAUAAAUGAUAAGAAACUGACACAAAUAUUUUUAAGGAUAAUGCGUACUUGCUUUACUAUACGUAUAUAGUUUACCAUUUUCCAUCCGUCGUAUGAUUUCUUAAUAAAUUUCA